CUAUAGUUAUCAGCGAUCGAAAUUCAUCGUAACGCUCGUGAGUAGCAUCAGUAUACUACAGAAUUCAGACCCAUUAUCACACCAGCAGUGGCCGAAUAUGAUCAUGGCAUUUCCAAGAGCAGUGCUCUUAAUCCUAGCCGUAUUUAUUGCCGUUUCUGACUCACGAAUCCCAAAGUACGAUGACUCUUCAUCUUCCGAAGAAGAACACACAAGUGUUGAAAACAGUGAAGUGGAUUUUAUCAGUGAGCUAAGGUCGAUGUGUUUAAAGAGAACGGGAUCCAAUGAUACAUUUGACCCGUUGAUGACAGCUGUUCAGAAUGGAGCCAUGUGCUUUGCAAAGAAACUUGAUGUUGACGAAUUUUUCGGACAUGCGGAGAAUCUAACCAGUGCAAACAGGGUGCAGUUCUUCACAACGUAUUGUCCUCAGAUGCGGGAAGCCAUCAGCUGCCUUUCUCCAGCCGCCAUUGUGAUUCGCAAAUGCCUGAACGAAGAUGGACAGGAGUUGCUAGACAUCCUUAUGAGUGUUCUUCCUCGAGCAGUUGAUUUGACGUGUAAAAAUCAUGGGGAAAUUUUCUUCAAUGAUGUGAACCUCAGCAAAUGUUUCGAUAACAUCAACGAGUACAUUGGGAACUGCAUGAGCGGCGGUUUCUCUCAACUCACCCUUGGGGCUAUGUCCAUCAACUCUAAACGGAAGCAAUGUGAAGAUUUGGCUCUGAUGCGACGGUGUCUUGCGACUAGAUUGAAUAACUGUAAAUCACCUAGGCUGAUAGAUUUUUUCGAUCUGCUCUACAGACCGCUGAUAAGAAGUUCUGAGUGCAAACAUCUAUGGGCGACAAAAAUUGUUCGCAUGUAAACGUGGUGACAGUGAUGAUUUGCAUGUACCAGAGAAAUGGAACAGUGAAAACUUAUUUUAGAAAUGAGUGAACCAUAUUGUCAAUCAAUGCCGGCUGGAUUGUAAGGCUAUUCCAUAAAACGACGCUAACCACAGAAAUUCUCGCGUCGUCAUACCAAUGAGUGAGAAUAUUACACCACAUUAUAAAACAAAAAUGUCACGGAAGUUUUUUUUUUGCUGAGAGUAAAAUGGACAGCGUAACCAACUCCCUUUUUUAACGUGAAAACUAUUAUGCGUGCUUAUUUGAAAAGUGUUUCUUAUAGUGCUCUCCCAAAGUGUCAAUCCAAAAUCCAAAAUAAAAUUCCCUGAUAUUCCCAGAUUUUCCAGUAAAUUUCCAAAAAAAAUCCAGACGUAGAGAACUAGAAAACAUAUGCUAUAGCCUCGAAAUUCAAUAAGCUAGAACAAGAAAAUUUAUAAACGCGUGUCGAUAUUUUCCAAUUAAUUGUAUUUUAUGGUUUUUAGCUUGAGCUAAAAGACGAUUGAGGAGAAGCGUAAAAGAUAAGCAAUAUAAUUUAUUGAUAGGGGUAGGGGUGGUAAAGUGAACACCCUAAUGGAUAUGCCCAUUACUGCGUCUACAUACUACUAUAAUCCUUGUUUUUUGAAGAAUAUUGUAGUUUAACUAAUUGUUGUUCAAUAUAUCGAACGGUUUUAACUAUAAAAAAUAGU